AUGCAUUCCAAUCCACAACGUACCCUUCACGGGCGCCAUCGUCAACAUCGGCGGCAGAUCUCGACCCCCUCCGCGCUCGACGCCGCCAAACCUCCGAGUCUUCCCCAACAGGCAUUGCACAGAUACCAUGCUCAUCGCCGCGGCCAAAGUCUGGACCAGCGAGCUGUGCAAGCUCAAGCUCAACGAUCACAGCUCGCGCAAGAUGCGUCAAUUACUAACCAAACAGCACCGCACUUUGCGCCCAACUCACCUCUCGUCCCUUUAAUGCCCGACUGCCAGGUCUUCGGUCAAGACGACUUGCAGGCUUUAAGUCAUCCCAUUUAUACGCCGCAAGGUCUACCUUAUUUGAACACGAAUUUUGUCAAGGCCGAUGAUCAGGCUCGGGAUCCUCGACCCAUCACCAUCAAUUACCACCUCAACCUCAUUCAACAGCAGCAGCAACAACUUCACAAUGCUAAACUUGGCUGCAACAACGCACUCGAUGGCCAGCUGCUCGACAGUGGCUCCUGGUCUGCCACAUCCUCGCUUCAACAAACGACUGUCGAUAUGAGACGACACUCUGUCCAUUCGAACCCAAGCAGCUCAUAUCGCCCGCACACUCCUAGAAAGACAACGACACAAUACUUCCCCAUCUCCCCAGCAACGACGCCGUUCAACAAAGAAGUCGAUUUCGCUCAGUACUGCGCAGACUCGCAGAUCGUCUCAUCAAAAGACCAGAAUGCGGCCGACGCCAGCGCCCAGUCGGCAUAUAUGCAACGCGCCAAGUCACUCCAAGGAGUGGCUGGAACGAACUUCUCACAAUCAAAGAUUGAAAUGCCCUCCCCCCCCAACACUGAUUCAUUUGCCGUUGAUGGUUUUGAUGCGUUUGACUACCAGCAGGGUUCCAGUUUCGAUGUCCUCACCACCGGCAGCCAUAGCCAAUAUUCCACAUCGUCCAACUCCCCAGAGGUUGCCGCGAUCCCGAGCUCUGACGAGCAAAAGAAAGCCAAGAUCCCCAUUUGCCCUGCCACACCUAGCCGUCUCAGCCUAAAGAAGCAGCCCAGCACACCAACCGCGGCUUCGUUAGUAAAAGCGAAGCUUUCUCCUCGUGUCGCCUCAAUUGACAAUCUCAACCUCGACGCCCGUGUGCAUGCUUCAAUCAAAGAAACCGGUGUCAGCAUAGAUGAGAUUGCAUCGUUCAUUCACGGUCCAGACCCUCAAGACGGAAAGUGGGUUUGUCUCCACCCUGGCUGCGAGCGUCGCUUUGGUCGCAAGGAAAACAUCAAGUCGCAUGUGCAAACUCACCUAGGCGACCGUCAGUACAAGUGCGAUCAUUGCGAUAAGUGCUUUGUUCGCGGGCAUGAUCUGAAGCGCCACGCCAAGAUCCAUACCGGAGACAAGCCGUACGAAUGUUUAUGUGGCAAUGUUUUUGCCAGGCACGAUGCCCUAACUCGACACCGCCAGAGGGGUAUGUGCAUCGGUGGCUACAAGGGAAUUGUGCGCAAGACAACAAAGCGCGGUCGUCCUAAGAAGCAUCGCCCAGAGAUGGAUGAGAGACGAGACAAGGCAACCAAAACCCGACAGAGGAUCGCCGAAAAAUCAUCGUUUGACACUUCUGGAUCGGACACGUCCCGCCAUACGCCGCCCUCGGAGACUUUCGAAAACAUGAGCAUCCAUGGCUCUAGCUCAGCGGACGAGAUGGUUACAUUUGACAACCAGAACUACUUGCCGCCAGAUGUGUUUACCUUCACUCCCCCUGACUCACCCAACUACGGUGCUGCAAGCAAGCCUGUAAGCCCACGAUCUCUCACACCAAGCUCCGAAGACGAAAUGCUGCCCUUAUCGCCGUCCAAGCGACCAUUGGAAAACAUCCUCGAGGAGUCCGGGCUUCCGCUUCUCUCACACGCCGGCACAUGCUCCUUCUCUUCCGUCUCAAGUUCAAACACCCAUGCACUAUCGUCUCCACACACUGCGCCUACCCUAAGCGAUGGCUCCCAACCAUCCGAUCUCGAUAUCUUCAUCAACAGUGAACCUUCUUCUGCCUUUGGCAAACAAGAUUUCGGCCUGGGUGAUCCUGACAUGGCUGCAUUCCCUGACUACGUCAAUACCUCUGCCUUCGAUAGCGGCUUGGAUAUGCUCCAGGGGAAGAACUUCUCCACCGGGCCCUCCAUGGGCGACGACUUCUUCUCCUUCCAGUUUCAAGUCGACGAACAACCAUCGGAUGUCAUGUCAAGGGAGUUCUUUCUUGACUAA